CUCUCCGAACUCUUCUGCCCGGUUGCCGUGCACUGGGCUCCCGGCAGCCCCUGCCCGCGCUCCCCUAUGCUCGCCUGAUCUUCGGGACCACCUGCUCGAGCUCUCCCGUGCCGGAUUCCCGGGGAUUCGGGGCGCCUGCAGGCUCCCGUCCAAGUCCCGUGGGAUCGGCGAGCUCACGAUGCUCGCUGUCGGGCUCGUGUCUCGGCGCUGCUGGCAGAGGAGCGGCGUUUGGAGGCUCGGCCCCGGGAGAGACACGAGGCGGUUCCGAAGCAGCUGCCCACGUCCAGAUACAGAAAAUAUAAAGCCCCUGGAUGGUGUGAAAAUUCUGGAUCUGACCAGAGUCCUGGCAGGACCUUUUGCCACGAUGAACUUAGGAGACCUUGGAGCUGAGGUGAUUAAGGUGGAACGACCAGGAGCUGGUGAUGAUACUCGAGCUUGGGGGCCACCUUUUGUGGGAUCAGAGAGUACUUAUUUUCUCAGUGUUAACCGAAAUAAAAAGAGCAUCGCUGUCAACAUUAAGGAUCCGAAGGGGGUGCAGAUCAUCAAAGAGCUUGCAGCUGUUUGUGAUGUUUUUGUGGAGAACUUUGUUCCUGGCAAAUUGAGCAAAAUGGGUCUGGGCUACGAAGAAAUAAGCGAGAUCGCUCCUCAUAUUGUCUACUGUUCCAUAACAGGUUAUGGUCAGACGGGCCCAAUGAGUCACAGAGCUGGUUAUGAUGCUGUCGCAUCUGCUGUUUCUGGUCUCAUGCACAUUACAGGGCCAGAGGAUGGAGAGCCGGUUCGUCCGGGGGUUGCCAUGACAGAUCUCGCCACCGGGUUAUAUUCCUAUGGCGCCAUCAUGGCGGGACUCUUGCAAAGAUACAAAACGGGGAGAGGUCUCUACAUUGACUGCAACCUGCUGUCAUCUCAGGUGGCCUGUCUGAGCCAAGUGGCGGCCAAUUACCUCAUUGCUGGAAAGGAAGCCGGGCGCUGGGGCACUGCCCACGGCAGCAUCGUCCCCUACCAGGCUUUCAGAACCAAGGAUGGCUAUCUCGUGGUUGGGGCCGGAAAUGACCAGCAGUUUGUGACAGUGUGCAAGAUCCUGCAUUUGCCUGCACUGAUCAAUGAUUCCAGGUACAAAACUAACAAUCUUCGGGUCCAGAAUAGAAAAGAGCUCAUUACAAUAUUAUCAGCACGGUUUGCAGAGGAAAUGACUAGCACCUGGCUCCGUCUCUUCGAAGGCAGCGGGAUUCCAUAUGGACCCAUCAACAGCAUGCGCGAAGUGUUUGCUGAGCCUCAGGUGCGACACAAUGGUCUGAUCAUGGAAAUGGACCACCCAACUGUGGGGAAGAUCUCUGUACCAGGACCAGCUGUGAGGUACAGUGGGUUCACCAUGGCCGAGCCGAAGCCCCCUCCUUUGCUGGGGCAGCAUACAGUGGAAGUACUGAAGACGUCCCUGGGCUACGCGGACAGCGCCAUCAGUGACCUGCUCCGUGCCGGGGUGGUGGUCCAGCCUGAAGUCAAAUGAGAAAGGCUGUUUUCUUGACGGAGGAGUCCAGACUGAGCACGCUGGACAAGGGCAAGGCUCUUCCCUCUAGUCCCUUCUUCUGGUGCUACAGUCAGUAAAAAUGAAGACCUAUCAAUCCCCUAAAAAUGAGCCUGGGGCUGAUAGCCCCCUUGCCACUUUCUUAACUUUCUCUGGCCCUCCCAAAUCCCCAAACCUUUUCCAAUGAACACUCUUAUUGCAGGAUCACCUUAUUUCAUUCCCUGAUUCCCCAACCCUGAAAAAUGGCCUCCCCAUUCAGAUCCUGCUAAUUGCCCCAGUGUUUGCUCCAGGAACAAGCAGGAGGAUGAGGAAGAGCAGAGCCUGGACAGAGCCUGGCAGCCUCCACUCACACAUAAAGCCCGCAUUUAAACCCUUGUUAUGAAGUCAAGGCAAUAAGCAAAAUGACAGGCUCUGUGAUUGAUUUUAAACAGAAUAACCUAAUUUUGUGCUUAUGAAGGCUUUGUUAAUCUGUAAUUUAAACCAUGGCCUUUACCCAUGUCCAUUUUAAACCGAGACCCACUCUCCGGCGAGGCUAUGUAAAUAUUUGCUUUAGGGUGCAUCGCUCUGAUGGUCCCAUGAUGGGCUGCAGACCAUCAAUCUCUGCUCCUUCCCAGGGGCACGGUUCCUGAGGGGAGAGCUUCAAGGGGCAGGCUGGCUUGAGUCAAGCAUGGAUAGAAAAGGCUCCUCUAGGGUGCCCAGCCCCCAGAUCGAGAGGAAUGGAGAGGGAGCAGCCCUUGGGAGAUCGGGAGCAAGGCACCUCCCCACCGCUAACAAGUUUGGCAGCGACUUGGCCCUUGAAACCUGAGUGUUCAAGGGUAUAAUUUACAAGUAAAGUAAACAGGGUCCUGGAAGGCUUGAACCGUUGAAACGCUGGCCCUGGCGUGGGCCUGAACAUUAAUUCAGACUGACACCCAGCCAAGCUAGGCUCUAGCCAUGUAAGGCAGGGUGACUUGGGCCGAUGGCUUACCCUGUCCCUAGGGUUGCCCUUUCACCAAUAUUUUCCAGAGAGUGCAAAAUCCUCCCUUCGUGCUUGUCCUGUGCUCCUUAUUAAAAGAUAAUGUUAUUGCAUACUCGGGCUGCAACUGAAACUUUGGUUACAGCUCAUGUUUCUGACUGUGCCUCGACAGCCCAAUCACUUUUUUUUUGCUUCUUGCUCAGACUCUCUUUAUUUUCUUACUCUUGAUCACACAACUCUGGCCUUUAGUUUCUGUAAUUAACUGGAAUCAAGAAGCCCAAAUAAAUAAGGCGUUCAUCUUU